AUGCUCGGGCAAGACACAGCCGGCAUGUCACACGAUUUCUGGCAGGCUCUCCAGGGGUGGAAGAACCUUGGUCUCGCAGGCCUUGGCAGUCUCGCGGAGAACAGCGUUAGAUGGGCCGCUUUUGAGGACCAGAGCCAGGCUGACUGGAUCAACGACAUCAAACAGGCUAGUCUUGGGACGAAUGUCAAGGCCAAGAGAAUGCAAGAGUGGCAGAUCGAGUGGGAGAAGUUUUGUCUCUGGAUUGUUGAGGAGUUUGGUGAUGAAUUUGGAGAUGAAAAGGAGAAAGAAAAGACCAGCGAUGCCUAG